UUUCAAACAAGUUUUAUAUAAUUUACAUAUUAAUACUUAAUACCUUCUUUGGUUUCCAAACGUUUAGUUUAAAGAAAGUUGAGAUGGAAAAUCUAAAGUAUUUAAGCGGUUUUAACUCGGAAUUCUCUUCUGAAGACCCCAGAUGUCCUGAGUCACUCCCAAAGGGGCAAAAUUCACCCCAAGUUUGCCCCUAUGGGCUAUACGCUGAACAAUUAUCAGGUUCUGCGUUUACAGCACCCAGAAGUGAAAAUAAAAGGACUUGGUUGUAUAGGAUAAGGCCCUCUGUCAAACAUAGACCUUUUGAAAAGUUUUUUAACAGUGGGGUUGUCAGUAACUGGGAUGAGGAAGAUCCUGAUCCAAAUCAGUUGAAAUGGAAACCUUUUGACAUUCCAAAAGUAAAAACGGACUUUGUGGAAGGCAUUAAUACAAUUUGUGGAGCUGGUGAUCCAAAAUUGAAACAUGGCUUAGCCAUACAUGUUUAUUCUUGUAACACCGACAUGCUAAAUCGUGCUUUCUCAAACUCGGAUGGAGAUUUUCUUAUAGUCCCCCAAAAGGGCACUCUAUCAAUAAAAACCGAGUUCGGAAAAAUGACUGUCAAACCCAACGAAAUAGCUGUCAUACAACAGGGCAUGCGCUUUACGGUCGACCUUGCAGAGCCAUCUAUGGGCUACAUUCUCGAAGUUUUCGGCCAGCACUUCACCCUUCCCGAUCUGGGACCAAUAGGCGCGAACGGUCUGGCCAAUCCCAGGGACUUCUUGACACCCGUGGCUUGCUACGAGGAUUCAGACGUCAAAAACUACGAGGUGGUUGUCAAAUAUCAAGGGAGAAUGUUCGUUUGUCGCAUGGAUCACAGUCCGUUCGAUGUGGUGGCUUGGCAUGGGAACUACGUGCCCUAUAAGUACGAUUUGGGGAAGUUUAUGGUCAUAAACUCUGUUUCUUUUGACCACUGUGAUCCGUCAAUUUUCACUGUAUUGACCUGUCAAUCGGAGAAAAAAGGCACUGCCAUUGCGGAUUUCGUGAUAUUUCCUCCGAGAUGGUCGGUGCAGGAACACACCUUCAGGCCGCCUUACUACCACAGAAAUUGCAUGUCCGAGUUCAUGGGUUUGAUUUUGGGCGAGUACGAGGCCAAAAAGGGGGCGUUUCAACCAGGGGGCGCCACCUUGCACAGCAUCAUGACGCCGCACGGCCCAGACUUCAACUGUUUCGAAGGUGCGAGCAAGGAGGCGUUGAAACCGUGCAGGGUUGCCGAUAAUACACAGGCAUUUAUGUUUGAAAGUUGCUUGGGGUUGGCCGUUACCAAAUGGGGCGCCAAAACAUGCGAAAAGUUGGAUGCAGAUUACUUUAAAGUUUGGCAGGGGCUGCAAAAACAUUUUACAGGCCCAAAAAUGUAAUUUUUAAGGUUAAAUUAAAAAAUAAAAAACAGCCUAAAUAUAAAAAUUGUAUUUAAAAUUAACAAAAUAAAAGCAGAACAAUUACUUUUGUAUUAUUUUUGUACCUUACUUAACUUACACACAUUAAAAAACGAUCAUUUAUAACUAACUAUGUGGAAGUCACAAUUAUAAAGAAAAAUACUAAAGACAUAAAUAAAAAUUAUUAUAGACGACGAUAAAGAAAAUUGUGGAAAAUGUGGACUAAUUCGCGGCCGUUUCGAUAUCACUUGCCUGCUGCUCGGGUUCCUCAUCGUUAUAGAUGUUUUCCGCCAUUUGCCAUACCUGCAUUAUAUUAUCUUCGGAGACCGAGCAUAUCACCCACGGUUCGUUGGGGUUCCAACUGAAAUCUGUAAAAAAUA